UCGGUAUCUUUGAUCUUCGCUGUUCUAAAGCGCGACUGUUUGUUACUUUGAAGUCGCGGCGAUCGUCACAGCAUAAAUAACUUUUCCUCUCUCGCGCGAGUCUCAAACGCUCUUCUGAGCGCGGAAAACAGCGACGACAACAAUCAAAAGUACAUUAAUAAAGUUCGUUCGAAUAUGCCGCAGCUGAACGGUGGAGGGGGAGAUGAUCUCGGGGCGAAUGAUGAGAUGAUCCCGUUUAAAGAUGAAGAAGAUCACGAGAAGAUCCGGGAGAACGCGUUUACGGAGAGCGACCUGGCUGAUCUCAAAUCAUCACUGGUCAAUGAAUCCGAGAUCAGCCAGAACUCAAACUCUGCCGUGAUCAGAAGAGGACAGCAGGAAGAUCAGAGAAUCUACACCGAUAAACGAGAACAUCUGGACGACGUGCCCAGACAUCAAGAUGGUGGAAUGUAUAAAGCGGCGUAUUCUGGAUACCCGUUCCUGAUGCUGCCCGAGCCGUAUCUACCGAGCGGACCCGUCUCCCCAUCUUCCAACAAAGUGUCUGUGGUCCAGCAGGGGAUGCAUCCUCUGACGCCGCUGCUGCCCUACGAUCACUUCAACCCCAGUCCUCCACACAUUCCCACAGACGUCAGCCAGAAACCAGGUGUUCACAGGCAUCAGUCGCAGGAAAUCUCCGGUUUCUACUCGCUGCCUCAAGGCCAGAUCACUCCGUCCAUGAACUGGCCCAAUCAGCCUGUCUAUCCUCUGCCCUCCUGCGGCUUCAGACAGUCCUUCUCCUCCAGCCUCCAGAGCAGCUCCUCCUUCCCCAGGUUCUCUCAUUCUCUGAUGCUUCAGUCCGGCAUGCACCCUACAGGCAUCCCACACCCCGCGAUAGUGCCUCCCUCCGGCAAACACGAGCACGACCAGUUCGACAGGAGCAUUUACACAAGUUCUAGAGCAAAUUACCUUCUGUUUGGUCCUGUGAGAUCUGGAAUUGCCUUCAAAUCUCAUGCAGAGUUGAAGCGCGAGAAGGAGCCCAAGAAGCCGGUGAUCAAGAAGCCGCUGAACGCGUUCAUGCUCUACAUGAAGGAGAUGCGGGCCAAAGUCAUCGCUGAGUGCACGCUGAAGGAGAGCGCUGCCAUCAACCAGAUCCUGGGCCGACGGUGGCACGCUCUGACCCGCGAGGAACAGGCCAAGUACUAUGAACUAGCGCGGAAGGAGCGACAGCUUCACAUGCAGCUUUAUCCCAGCUGGUCGGCCCGUGACAACUACGGCAAAAAGAAGCGAAGGAAACGAGACAAGCAGCAGGACUCUGGCACAGACCCCGGCUCACCAAAGAAAUGCCGCGCUCGCUUUGGCCUCAAGCAACAAACGGACUGGUGUGGCCCCUGCAGGAGGAAAAAGAAGUGCAUUCGCUACCUUCAAAGAGGACGCUGCGCCAGCCCCCAUUCUUCCGAUGGAAGUGCUAUAGACUCCUCCCCUUCACCUGUCAAUCACCUGCCAAACCCCGCCUCCCCCACCAGCAGUCCCCUCCCACAGAGCGCCAAACGCUCCGCCCACCCACCCAGACUCUCGCUCGACUUCAGCAGAAUUAAAACAGAGAGCGCCGUAAGGCAGCCACAAUGACUGAAUUCUUCAAGUUCUCUUCACUUCAGUUUCCUCGGGACAUGGGGCGUCCUCUCAUCUUUUAGGAAGUCAUGGAAUUAGAUUUCCUUGUGGAUGAAUCUCAUGAAGAAUGUUUUUUUCCCCCCCGUUUUCAUUCAUUUUAAUGACAAUUAAGCAUAUUGUAUUCAUUACCAAUAAUGCAAAAAAGAUCAUUUUUGCUACUGUAGUUUGGAAUAUAUAUAUAUAUAUAUAUAUAUACACACACACACACACAUACACACACAUAUACAGGGUUCAACAUUUACACUUUUAUAUCCAGAUACAGUUAAGCAGUUAAGGAACAUUACACGAGCAAGAGUGCUGUUUUCCCAAAUAUCAGCACGAUUGCAAAUGUGAUAUUGAUUUUAUUCAAUUCAGCAAACAAGAAUUUUAUAUUAAACGAGUUACAUUUUAGACACCAGUAUUGCUGUUUUUUUUCUCCAUUUUGCCAACAAAAAACGCAAAACCGUUGCAAUUCUCUGAGCGUCUUUGAUCUGUUGAGCGAACAAAUCAAUGACUCACUCGUUUUCUCAUUCUUGACUGAAUCAGCAGUUUGAAAGAAUCUUUUGAAUGAAUGACUCAUCAAAACUGUCACGUACAGCCACAGACUGGUAGGUUAGUUUCAUAUUUAUAUUAUAUAUGUAUAUAUAAAACAUUAAUCUCAUAACAUUAUUUUGCAGUGUAAAUGCAUUUAUGCCACCUCUGUUUCAUUAAACAGUCUGUGCAUCUAAAUGCACUGAAAAGAUGUAUUUGGCUGAUACUGAUUUGUUUGGUAGCAGCCGUUUAGCCACAAUUACAGUAGUGGAAUUGUUUUUUUUUUUUUUUUUAGUACAGGAAUGUGAAUUUUGGGGGAGAUGUGCUUAACUGUCAUCACAAUCCCAAAAAUCUGAAUGAUCUAAAUAACUUUUUCUUUGUGCAAAAUGUAUUUUUCUGCUAAAGCAUGACCUGGAUGUUUCUUCAUGAGAUUCAGCCACUGUGUGUGGAGAUCAUGAUCAUGUCUUUACAUCACUGAAAACAGUGUCAGUUCUCACCAUAACUCUUGUACAAUCAAAUAAGUGUUGUUAAACUUCAUCUUUUAUAGACUGAAAGGCCGUAAAUAACUAAACUUUUAUAUGUUUUUAUGUAAAGAGGAAAAAAAAAGAAAAAACAUUCCUUGGCUGUUUACUUUUAAUGACACAAGUUCCAUUUUUAAUAGCUUUUGUUGUGUAGAUCUGAAGUAGUCAGCUAUGCCUGUCGCAGUAUGAAAUGAAGUAUGUUUAUGUAUCUGUGUGUGUGUGUGUGUGUGUGCUUUCUAGUAGUCAUUUAGUGUUGACUCAGGUCUGUUCUGAAGCGAUCAUGUCAUCUGUGAUCUCCUGCCACACAUCUUCAGUGUUAACAUACAGCAAGUCAUCGCUCUUUCUUUUGCUUUUGAUGUAACAAUAAUCUCUCUAUAGAUUUAUUAAAAUAUUUUGAAAGAUC